GAUGCUGCUUAGAAUACUUAUAAUCCAGAUGCCGCGGCCGUCUCCCCUGCUCCUGUCCCCGGGGGCGAAAAGCUAGAAGGCGAACGGAAAGAAAGGCGAAAGGAAAGGCGAAAGGCGAACGGCGAAAGUUUCAGAAGGAAGAGAGAGAAGUUCCAUGAUGGAUCGCUCAUCACGCUCGAGUACGGCGAGUGCGUUGUCGAGCACAUCGAGCACGCCGAGUACGAAUGCCGAGUCGACAACACCAGCGACGGCGACGGCGACGACGACAACAAAGCCGCGCAGGAGUAGCAGAACCGCUGCAGAUGCUGAUGCAGAUGCUGACUACGAGAAAGAGAAGGUGAAGCCAAAACCGGGCCCAGCCGCGCGCUCUACUCGGCAGAAGCUGCCGCCGGAAGAGAGGAUCAAUGUACGUGAGCAUCUCACUCAUCUCAUCUCAUCUCAUCUCAUCUCAUAUCCCAUCUCAUCUCAUCUCAUCCAUCCCAAUCUUCAUAUUCGUCUCAUCUCAUCAAUCCGAACAUCUCCCUCUAUCUCGGCCAUCCAUCGCCGUCAAACCAUCUCCUCAAGCACUCACCUCACCUCACCUCAACUCAUCCACCUCAUCCAUCUCAGCCCUCCCUCCCCCAGCCCUCUCUCGUAGCAACUCUCAUCGUAGAUCUUCCUCUUUCUCUUUCCCCAACUAACAAACCCUCCCAGAAACGCCGCGACCAGAACCGCGUCUCCCAGCGCGCAUUCCGCCAACGCAAAGAGAAGCACGCCCGCGAGCUCGAAGCCCGCGUCGCCGAGCU